AUGGCUUCCAACCUCACAACCAAGUCAACUUACAGCUCAAACUAUGAGCGUAUGUCUGGGAAUUGCACUCGUCUCAUAGCCGCAGAGAUGGUUUCAACCAUCUCCCCGCCUCUAAGCUCUACCUCGUACAUCCUCGACAACGCUUGUGGGACAGGAAUUGUGAGCGAGCAGAUCAAAAAACUCCAACCGGACGCGAGGAUCAUGGCUACAGAUAUUUCAGUUUCGAUGAUCGAUCAAAUAAAGAGCCGAAUCAAGUCUGAAGGAUGGGUAAACGUGGAGACAGAUAUUCAAGACGUUCGUUCCUUGUCAAACCUGCCAGACAAUACCUUCACACACGUGAUUACAAAUAUGGGCUUGCCGGUACCGGGCGAGUCAGGUUCGGGGGUAAUAGGGGCAAAGGAAAUGUAUCGCAUACUGCAGAAGGAUGGUGUUGCGGUCUUGUCCACUUGGGCAGGCAAGUCUCAUCGUGUUUGGCUCUCUGCAUUCUAUAACACGGCACGCGCUAUCCGGCCUGAUGCGGAGCCACAGACGGCCAUGAAAUUAAACCCUGAGAUUCUGCGAGGAUCAUGGCUCUUGACUGCACUGGAGGAGGGUGGCUUUGGAAACAAUGUUGAGCUUCGCCCUUAUGUGACGUAUACCAGUGCACCAAGUCUAGAUGACUUGAUUGGGAACUUAAUGCUGGCAAAGGGGAUGUUCUUUGGAGGAUAUAGUGAUGAAGAAAUUUUAAGAGUAGGACUUAUUUUUAGGGAGGAGGUAAAAAGGUUGAGAACUUUUGAGGUGCUGGAGAGCGGCGUGGCAAGAAUUGGAAUGAAAGCCUGGAUUGCAACGGGCUGGAAGAAGGGAUAUGAGAAGGAAAUUCCGUUGUAA